UCUCUCUCGCUAAAGCCAAAACGCUCUUCCUUCCUCCAACGCCUCUCUCUCUCUCUCUCUCUCUCUCUCUCUCUCUCUCUCUCUCUGUUCUCUUCAUCAGAUCUCUCUCUGCCUCUGUUUUUCUCUCUCUCUCCCAAGGGAAAAAGUUGAACGCAGAGAUGUCGGAGAAUCGAUUCCUGGGAAGCAUCUCAACCUCGUCAAUCCGUAACCUUCUUCCCAAAUCGGUCUCUACCAAACAGAAGAUGAAGUUAAAUCGAUCUAAAUCGAGGCUUGAUAGUGAAAACAUUCCGCCGACGGAUCCGAACACUCAGAUCGGCAAUGGCCCACUUCCUAAGCAAUCACUCCAGAAACUGGAAAUUCCGCAGAGAGAGAUCACUAGAUCAGACUCUGCGACGAAAGUAAUAUCACCUUCAUCAGAUCCACCAGUCAAGGUUAUAGUGAGGAUUAGACCAGAUAAUGGUCGUGAAAGAGAAGGAGAUUGGUUUGUCAGGAAGAUCUCAGAUGAGUCAGUAGCUGUUGGGGAGAGGAAGUUUAACUUUGAUUCAGUUCUCGACUCAAAAUCGAACCAGGAGGAUGUUUUUCAAUUGGUUGGUGUUCCUUUAGUUAAAAAUGCAUUAGCGGGUUACAACACCUCAGUCUUGGCAUAUGGACAGACUGGAAGUGGCAAGACUUACACAAUGUGGGGUCCUCCAAGCGCAAUGGUUGAGGGAUGGGAAGGCAAUAGUCACCAGGGCAUUGUUCCACGGAUCUUCCGGAUGCUGUUCUCUGAGAUUCAGAGAGAACAGGACAAUUCAGAAGCUAAACAGAUAAAUUAUCAAUGCCGCUGUUCAUUCCUUGAGAUAUACAAUGAACAAAUUGGCGAUUUACUUGAUGCAACUCAACGCAACCUAGAGAUAAGGGAUGAUGCCAAACAUGGAUUUUAUGUAGAGAAUUUGACUGAGGAAUAUGUAACAAGUUAUGAGGACGUUACCCAAAUUUUAAUCAAGGGGCUCUCAAAUAGGAAGGUUGGAGCGACGAGCAUAAAUUCAAAAAGUUCAAGAUCACAUAUUGUGUUUACAUGUGUGAUUGAAUCCUGGUGUAAGGGGACAUCAUCAAAAUGUUUCAGCAGUUCAAAGACCAGCAGAAUCAGCCUUGUUGAUCUUGCUGGACCGGAAAGAAAUAAACUUGAUGAUGCUGGGAAGCAAGGUGUGAAGGAGGAAAAAUGCGUAAAGAAGUCUCUAUCGCAGUUGGGGCACCUAGUCAAUAUUCUUGCUGAAGAAACUCAGUCAGGAAAGCCUCGAGAAGUUCCUUACAGAAGCUCCAGGUUAACACAUUUGAUGAAGGAAUCACUUGGUGGAAAUGCCAAGCUUGCCGUUAUAUGUGCCAUUUCUCCAGACAACAAGAGUAGCUGUGAAACAUUAAGCACACUCAGAUUCGGGCAGAGAGUAAAAUCCAUCCACAAUGAGCCAGUAGUCAAUGAAAUAUCAGAGGAUCAUGUUAAUGACCUGAGUGACCAGAUUCGUCAACUAAAGGAAGAACUCAUAAGAGCAAAAUCAAGUGUAUCAGGCAAAUGUGGGUUCUCUAAAGUUCAAAGCACACGUGAAAGCUUGAAUCAGUUGAGAUUGAGCCUUAAUCGUUCAUUGAUCCUACCCCACUUUGAUAAUGACAUCGAGGAGGAAGUAAAUGUUAAUGAGGAUGAUGUAAGAGAACUACGUCUCCAAUUAGACAGUUUGCAUAGUUCGGGUGAAGAGAAUAUAGAAGACACCUAUGAAAACAGAACCUGCAUUCAGUUUUCUUCUGUAGAAGGAGGUUCUGACACAGACAGGACAAGUGAACAUUAUGGAAGCUGUCUAGAAGAAAGUGAACUUGAAGAAACUAGCCUAGAAAAUUCUCAGACGCAACUUCAACAAGAGGAGAGCACAUCAUCUGCCGAUAACGUUACAUGUGGGGCCAACAGUUUUAGGACAGCAGAUACUACAUUACGGAGUAGCAGCAUUUCAAUUAGUUCAUUUUGUCACGCUCCAGUGCUCCAAGAUCCAACCUUGUCUGAGUCUCCAAAAUUUCAAAAUAACAACAGGAAAAGCAUAGCAUUUGCAUCGACUCAUCUGGCAAGUGAGAACAUUGUAUCAGAGAGUUCUAAGUUCAAUUCAGAUGUAUUACGAAAGUCACGUAAUGGAGGUGAUCACAUUCGAUCCUCUCUGCAUUCAAGCAAGAUAUUUCCAGGCCCCACGGAGUCCCUGGCAACUAGCCUUCAAAGAGGCUUACAGAUAAUUGACUAUCACCAGAGGAAUUCAGCAUCAAGUACACCUUCAGUUGCAUUCUCUUUUGAGCACUUGGCAUUGAAGCCAUGUCCAACAGUUGACAAAGUCAAUGCUUCUGAACAAACCUUACCAAAAGAGAGGUCAUCUUCUGAUGGACAUUCUGCUUCUUUUCUAUGUGCAUCAUGCCGGAGGGCAGGAGGAUUUACAUCAACGGAAGUACAGGAUAAUUUAAAUAGACCAACUGCCGAAGUUCCUGAUGUUGUAAAAGAUUUGGCAGAAGCCAUUAGGAGAGAGAAGGAGCUGCAAAAUAUUUGCACAGAGCAAACAGCCAAAAUUGAGCAGCUAAAUCUUCUGGUAGAGCAAUAUAAACAUGACAGCAAAGGUAAUACUCUAGUUGCUGAGGAAUUGAAGAAUGAGAUAGUACUUGUUGAGAAGCCCCAGAAUGAAAAAUCUAUUCCGCUGGAGGAUGAAAGGAAGUUUCUGGGUUGGGAUAAAUAUGAUAAUGAGCAAGAGGAUAUGAAUGAAAAAUGUGAUAUAAAAGAAGUCAGGGAAGAGAUGGAGAACGAGUAUGGGAACACAUCCUUCGAUAUUAAUGAGAAGGAAGCACUCCUCAGUGAAAUUCAAAGCUUAAGAAGCAAGUUGCAGUCUGUUACUGAUGGAUCUCCUAAAGCAUCGUCUGGGAGAGUGAGAUCCUCCUUGUUGUCACGAUCAAUUCAGUUGAGGAAAAGUGGUGCAUACUCCCUUGGGGGUAACAAUGAGGAAGAACUUGAGAAAGAAAGACAGAGAUGGAUGGAAAUGGAAAGUGACUGGAUUUCUUUGACUGAUGAGUUGAGACUCAAUCUUGAAACCAACCGCGGACGUGCAGAGAAGGUGGAGAUGGAGUUGAGAUUAGAAAAGAAGUGCACCGAGGAGUUAGAUGAUGCACUUCAAAGAUCUGUCCAUGGGCAUGCUAGAAUGGUCGAACACUAUGCUGAGCUACAGGAGAAGUACAAUGAUCUGGCCGAAAAGCACCGCCUCAUGAUGGAAGGGGUGGCAGAGGUGAAAAAGGCAUUUGCAAAGGCAGGAGCAAAGGGUCGUGGCUCUCGUUAUGCGAAGUCCUUGGCAGCAGAGCUAUCAGCCCUUAGAGUGGAAAGAGCAAGGGAAAUGGAAUUGUUGAAAAAGGAGAACAGAAGCCUUAAAAUCCAACUUAGAGACACUGCAGAAGCUGUUCACGCAGCUGGAGAGCUCCUUGUGAGGCUGAGAGAGGCUGAGGAAGCAGCUUCAGUGUCAGAGGAGAAUUUCACAAAGGUUGAGGAAGAGAAUGAGAAGCUAAAAAAGCAAGUGGAGAAGCUCAAAAGAAAGCACAAAAUGGAGAUGAUCACCAUGAAACAGUACCUUGCAGAGAGCAGACUCCCAGAAUCUGCACUGAGACCUUUGUACAGGGAGGAUUCUGAUGUAGCAUACAACACUGCCUCGCUGCCCGAUGACGAUGACCAGGCAUGGAGAGCAGAGUUUGGAGCCAUAUAUCAAGAUCAUUACUGAGUCCUGAUUGCAUCAAGACCCUACUUGGGUCCAAGCCAAUCAGCAGUUGUAUAAUUCAUGUGAAAUUUCUAUCUCAUUCCUAUUCUUUUUGUUCUUUCUUCCAUUCCAUUUCAGAAGAUGACUGAAAGAAAGCUCUUUCCCUAUCAUUUUCUACUGUUCUUUUCCUUCCUUUUGGCUGUUCAAACAAAAACAAAUUCCCUUCUUUCAUCCACUUCUUGUUGUAGUAAAGAUAUGGGUGUGUGGUUUUCUUAUUUUCA